AUGAAGAUGUCUGCAGAGAAAAGCUCUGAUGUUAUUGAGGCGGUGGCUGAGAAGCUUGAAAAUGCUUCCUUUGGGGAGGCUGUGAACGAGCCUACAGCAAAUGAAGGUGGAGAAACCGAAUCAUCAAAGAGCAAGAAGAAAAAGAAGAAGAAGAAGAAGAAGAGUACCUUACCAGAACAUGCAAUUGCACGUGAGUACAACGGAACCUAUCCGCAAGGACUGAUGAUGGAUUACAAUUUGAAGCGUACCACCAAUGAGGAGAAAAGACACGAUGUUAAUUUCCAGGAAGCCCAAAAUUCUUGGAAUAAAUAUCGUCAUGGUGCCGAGAUUCAUAGGAGAACCCGUAAAUAUGCCCAGGAAAAGAUCAAGCCGGGUAUGCCUAUGCUUGAGAUUGCCGAAAUGAUUGAGAACAAGGUCAGAGAACAAAGUGAAUCCACAGACACUUUGAAGGCGGGUAUGGGAUUCCCAACUGGUUUAUCUUUGAACCAUUGUGCUGCUCAUUAUACACCUAAUGCGGGUGACAAGGUCGUUUUGCAGUACGAUGAUGUUCUGAAGGUUGAUUUUGGUGUUCAUGUCGACGGUUACAUUAUUGAUUCUGCCUUCACCCAUACUUUCAAUCCAAAGUAUGAUCCAUUAGUGGAGGCAGUAAGAGAAGCGACUAAUACUGGUAUCAAAACCGCAGGCAUUGAUGUUAGAUUGACAGACAUUGGUGAAGCGGUUGAAGAAGUCAUGGAAUCCCAUGAAAUUGAAUUAGACGGGAAGGUUUAUCCUAUAAAAUGUAUUAGAAACUUAAAUGGUCAUACGAUUUUAAAUCGCCGUAUUCAUGGUGGUAAAUCGAUUCCAAUUGUUAAAAAUGGUGAUGUUACCAAAUUGGAAGAAUACGAAACCAUUGCCAUUGAAACCUUUGGUUCCACUGGUAAAGGUUAUGUUAACCAUGGCGGUGAAUGUUCGCAUUAUAUGAAAGCGUAUGAUGCGCCACCUAAUGCGACGGUUAGGUUGGACCGUGCAAGGAAACUGUUGGAUACAAUCGAUAAGAAUUUUGGUACCUUACCAUUUUGCAGGCGUUAUUUGGAUCGUAUUGGUGAGGACAAGUACUUACUCGCAUUGAACACUUUGGUCAGAGAAGGACUUGUUAGCGAUCAUCCUCCAUUACUUGAUGUCAAAGGUUGCUAUACUGCACAAUUCGAACAUACUGUCUUAUUGCAACCAACUCAAAAGGAAGUUGUCUCUAAAGGUGAUGAUUAUUAA